CUGAUUGGGUGAGGUGACAUCUGAGGUCUGCAGCUUAGAGAGCCUGCAGGACUGUCUCUGAAUAGAGACGGACGAUGUAGACUGUCGCUGCUGUUCCGGGCAUCAAAGUUAGACUUUGGACUCACGUUGGAGUCAAAUAUUGCGCACCUAAAGUAGUUUCUUUUGGAUCCAUCUGGAGCUAUGUCUGGUCGUCUUUAACGGGGAUGUUAUCAAUAACAAACAAGCUCAAACAAACAAUAACUUGGAUGACUGUCUAUUGCUCCCUUAUAAUCUGUCAUAUAACAAAAAUGAAAUCAGCAUCUCACAAAAGAUAAUAGUGGAACUAUUGGAAAAAACUGACUUUGCUUAUGUAAGUAUGCAUUCCUAAAUUGUGAUUAAAAAAAAACCUGCUUCAAGCGCGGAUUUCUUGGGUCUAUGAUUAGUAACGCGUAAACUCGGGGAACAACUAAUUGUGCAGAAGUCACCAUGCUCUUUGCGUCCCUGCUCCUCGCGCUGGGCUGCGUGACAUGGACGUUGGAAACGACGCACGGAUGUCAGCUUCCUACCGAGUGGCGUCCGCUCAGCGAGGGAUGCCGCGCGGAGCUCGCAGAGAUCAUAGUGUAUGCCAAGGUGCUUGCCAUCCACCGGGAGCCGUUCGGUGGGGGCGAGAACCUCUACAACUCACUGCCGUUCCCGUUUGGGUACGGGUAUGAGGGCGCGGAAGAGGGUCUACUCUAUUCGGCGGAGGUAGAGCUCGUGUGCGACCAGGCGUGGGGCAGUAUGCUGGAGGUUCCAGCCGGCUCGCGCCUCAACCUUACGGGUCUCGGGUACCUGUCGUGCCAGUCUCACACCGUGAUGGAGAACUACUCUUAUAUCUUUUUCCUCCGGAUGGAUGAGAACUACAACAUCCUGCCCCAUGGAGUCAACUUCCAGGACGCCAUCUUUCCAGACACGCUGGAGAACAGACGGACGUUCUCCAGCCUGUUCCAGUUCUCCAACUGCACGCAUGGCCAGCCCCUGCAGACCUUUACCCCUGAGUGGGAUGCCCAAGAGGACAGCAGGCUGCUGUGCUCCUCGGUGCAGGGGGCUCUGUUCCAGGAGGAGGAGAAGGGCAGGAGGCUGCAGGAGAAGCUGGAGCAGCAGGAGAGGAGGAACCGUCAGCUGAAGGAGCGCGUGCGGAAGGUCAAGCGCUCGCUACGCAACGCCAAGAAGAGCGCCCGCCGGGCGGAGCAGGAACUGCAGGAGCUCCGCGACAGGCUGAAGGAGGCGGAGAGGAGGGCGGGGCGUCACUUCAACGCCAUCUCGCUAGAGGAGGACACGCCCCCUCGGUACGAGGCGGGGCUCCGCCCCCGAGCCAAGCUCUGAGAAAGCAGACUGAGGGCAAGGCUGCUGGGCAGCCUGGUACACAUGGAUCACACACACACUUAUAUACACACACACACACACACUUAUAUACACACACACACACACUCACUUAUACAGACACACACACCUAUACACACACACACACACACAGCCUGGUACACAUGGCUCACACACACACUUAUAUACACAGACACACACACACUCACUUAUACAGACACACACACCUAUACACACACGCACACACACAAACGUAUGCACACACACACUUAUACGCACGUCCACACACACACACGCACUGUACUUGUAUACAGUACUUGCUUUCACAGGGAAACAUAUUCAUACUAACAGUCACAACAACAUUUGAAGUGAACACCCACAUAAAGCAACUGCUUAGGUUCUGCCAUGAUUGUACUCAAAUACUAUGAUACCGUUCAUCCAUAAGCGGAAUGCUGCUGUGUGUCCAUUGAUGUAUACGGUAUGAAUGGAGAGAGAGAGAAAUGAGAGAGAGAGAGAUGGUAGGAGGAAGGAAGGAGUGUGGGAUUAAUACGGUGUUGGAAUGAAUAGACAUUAAAUCCAAAUAUUGACUGUCUGAGUCUCUACAAUGCUUUGCGUCCUGAAUGUGUUGGGAUGUUGUGUUUUGUAAUUUUUUACAUGAAUGUAUUUUCUGAUAUUCCAAAUAAAACAUACAUUUGUCAGAU